AGGAAUAGAGUCACGAAGAAGCAUGCGGAGGCACAAGCAGGACGCGUCUCAUCUCUUACUGUAGACUAUAUAUUCUCACUUUCUCCAGCAUUGCUUGCGCAGCCCCAACGCCGAGAAGACCUGAAAGCAGAGGCUUGGAAGGGAUGCUGUUUGCAGCCGCUUUCGCUGAAAACGGAGUUUGGCUGAGAUUGCUGAGUGUAUAUAACUUUUCUAUUUUUAGUUAUAUAUAGUGCAUGAGAGCUACGUGGAUGACCACAAUCAAGAAACGUCUAUAUAAGGGCACAGAGAAACCUCUCUAGCCAUUAGGCUCAAAGAUUUUUCUUACUCCUCCUCGAGUGAUCUUGGACUGUCGACCCAAUGGCACGUGCCUCCAAAGUCGCAGUGGGCUCCGUCCUUGGAGCUGCUUCUCUUGGAGCCUUCGUGGCCCCAGGAAGCCAUCAAGUCGCUGUUGAACCACGGGUCGCCACUGCAAGCCAACAGUUCUUGUCCUCCAAUGCGUCCAGCUCGGGAGCAAGCUCAGGGCUCAGUGGUGCGCUGGCCUUGGGAGGCUUGAGCGUGGCUGGCGUUGCAGCGGCUUCCAAGCGCAAGGGGAUCAAGCCAAGGGCAUCUCAGAAUGUGGUCGCUUGCAAGGGUUUGGCCAAGAUGAAGAUCGAUGAGGUCGAUCUGAAGGGCCAGCGGGUCUUCAUCCGCGUGGAUUUCAACGUGCCCCAGGACAAGAAGGAUCCCAACAUCAUCACCAACACCGCGCGAAUCGACGCCGCACUCCCAACCAUCAAGUAUGCCUUGGACAAUGGGGCCAAGUCUGUGGUGUUGUGCUCUCACCUGGGCCGUCCUGAUGGUCAGAAGAACGAGAAGUUCUCGAUGAAGCCCGUUGCCAAGGUGGUCGAAGAGAAACUUGGAAAGCCUGUGAAGCUCAUGGACGAUGUGGUUGGUGCAGAUGUCGAAGCUGCAUGCGCUGAUCCAGAGCCAGGCACCAUCAUUUUGUUGGAGAACUCGCGCUUCUAUGUGGAGGAAGAAGGCAAGGGCAAGGAUGCUGAGGGCAACAAGGUGAAGGCUGAUCCUGAAAAAGUGAAGGAGUUCCGUGCCUCCUUGGCCAAGCUGGCUGACAUCUACUGCAGCGAUGCGUUCGGCACCGCUCACCGAGCUCACAGCUCCAUGGUGGGUGAGGGCUUCCCAGUGAAAUGCUCUGGUUUCCUGCUGGCCAAGGAGUUGGACUACUUUGCCAAGGUCGUUGACUCUCCCACCAGGCCUGUUUGUGGCAUCCUGGGCGGAGCAAAGGUGGCCGACAAGAUUCAGCUCAUCAUGAACUUGCUCGACAAGGUGGACAUCAUGAUCAUCGGCGGUGGAAUGGCUUUCACAUUCAUCAAGGAGGCUGGCGUUGAGAUUGGGGCCUCCUUGUAUGAUGAGGAGGGAGCCAAGUUGGUGCCCGAAAUCAAGAAGAAGGCUGAGGAGAAGGGUGUUGAGCUGAUCCUCCCUGUGGACUUUGUGUGCUCCUCCAAGUUCGGUGAGGAUGGAGAAAUUCAGGACGGUGGGUCAAAAACGUGGUUUCGAAAAGCUAUGAUUCGGAAACGAUGUUCCGACGUUGACUCGUUCUUUUUUGGAUUUCUUCCAGAAAUGUGCUUCGGAAGCUGGAUGCCUUUCGGACACUUAGCUUCUUUCUGCUCAAUUUGUGCGGAGCCCUUCAUUAGUUCAGUGCAUGGUUCAAAUAGCCUUAAACUUAAAAGACAAACACACCCCGACACGCAUCAGCACAAGUGAAUUUGCCAAGGCUAACACCGCCGACCAUCUAAGAAAAUCCUUGCCAUCCCCCACCCCAAUAUAAUCACGUUGUGUAACUGAUGACGAUAGAGGCGAAUCAGUUGCAGAGGCGAUGACAUGUGAUGACAGUGUGAUGACGAUAUCGUCGUAGCAGUAGCAGGACCAUGUUAUGUAGUGAGCGGAUGGUUUCUGAGGCGCUGUUUUGUGAAACUAGGUUGUUAAGGCGGGAUGUGGCAUCUGACCAAAUAGGUGGAAGUUUCCUAAACAACGAUGCAAGCCGGACUUUGUUCAGGAUGGUGACAUGGAGACUGGUGUGCCUGAGGGCUUUUUGGGUUUGGACAUCGGCCCCAAGUCCAUUGCCAUGAACGAUGAGGCCAUCAAGAAGUCCAAGACCAUUGUGUGGAAUGGUCCCAUGGGCGUCUUUGAGAUGAAAGCCUUCGAGAAGGGCACCAAGCAGAUGAUGAAAACCAUCGUUGAGGUCACCAAGGAGGGCGCUGUGUCCGUGAUCGGCGGCGGCGACACAGCCACAGCCUGCAAGGUCUACGACACGGUUGACAAGGUCUCCCAUUGCAGCACCGGUGGAGGGGCUUCCUUGGAGCUCUUGGAAGGCAAGGUGCUGCCUGGAGUGGCUGCCUUGGAUGACUCAAAGGCUCUUGCAGAUGCAUAGAGACAGCAUGCACCUAUCUCCUGAAAGCGCACUCUUCAGGGAUUUCAGCAUCCGCAGAUUGCGGCAGCUCUUUUCACCGAUUUUCCUGGGUCAAACAAAGAGGCCC